UUUCCUGCAUUUUAUGUAGGUUUCUCACAUACAUAUUCAUAUCUCAGUGGAGAUAAACGUAUAAGAAAAUUAUAUGUAGAUAUAUAUAUAUAUAUAUAUAUAUAUUUUUACAACUGUUGGACUGUGCGUCGUAAUUAUUACAAUUAUUACCGUUUCAUACUUUGUGCAGAAUUGUUUAUCUUUGCUUUACAAUUUCUAUAAUUUGGUAUAAAUAAGGAUAAAAACGAUACAAUCGAUGGACAUUCAUUGCUCACCGUGUGUACAUACUAGAUAAUGUGUAUAUACGCGUAACUAAGUUUAAAAGACAAUUUCUUGGUAAUUACAGAAAAGUAAACACAAACCUGGAAAAAUGGAAUAUGACGAAACAUUGGGGAAUCCUGCAAAACGAAGGAAACUAUCAGGGGGAUAUAGAAGUUACUCAAGGCUAUCUGUGAAUAAACAAACUAAGUCUGAGUUGCCCAUGCAAAAAAUAUCAUUGCUCCAAUGCAGCAAUAAAAAGGAUAUUAAAAAUAAUAAACGUGUGGAAUUUGAUACAUUUAUACCUCUGCGGCAAGGUAGUUCAACAAAUAUGUUUGAAGAUAACAUAUUGUUACCUAGAAAACCAAUACAAUCACAUUUGCCAAUUAUUAAAGAAAAGAAAGGAAUACAACAUUCUUCAAGUAAAACCAAAAUAGAUACAGAGAAUUUUCUGCCUAUCAUCAAUGAUAGCCAAGAAAAAGGUACCUCUCUACCACAUAAUAAAGAUAAAAAUGCUUUUGAAAAUAAAAAUGCUACUGAUACACUUACUAGUUCCGAAGAAGAAGCCUCAUUUUGGACAAGUAUGGGAAAAUCAGUUUCCAAUAAAGCAAAGUUGUAUUCAGAUAAAAAUGAUGCUUCAACUGAAGAAAGGAUAUUAUCCAGAAAUGUUGAAGUGUUGUCUGAUACAGUAAAAAAGACCAACAUAUUUAUAACAUCAAAUAAGACUGAUGACAUAAUAAUUCCAAAAAUAAGUUUAAAAGAAAAUAAGCUAAACAGAAAAAUAAAACCAUUUCACAAAUCGAAAAUUCCCAAAUUGUUAAGUAAGAAUUUCAUGAACCAAAAGAAAUGUUCUUUAGCGAAGAAUCUCAUGAUACGAGAUCAUAAUCAUAAUAUUCCAAUAAAUUCUGUUGCAGAAAAGAGAGCAGUAGAAAAUUUAUCUAAAACUGAUAUUCCUGUAUCAAAUUUUGGUAUCGCUGCUGCCAAAGCUCAGAAAAAUGCACAAGUUGAAGUACAAUCUAAAAGCAAUGUUUCAAAGGUAUCACAGAAAACAAAGAUAAAUGUUCCCAAUAAACCAAGUACAAAUAAAGUGAGAUUUAUGGAUCCUUUAGUAACAUCCAAUGGAUCAAAAGCACAUAUGACAAGAGAAAUAAAACUUCUGUUAGAUCAGAAUAAAUCGUUUGGAUCUGAUUUCAUAAGUGAUCUUGUAGUAGAGCCUGAAAUAAAUCGACGAACCAGUCUUAGGAUGAGAGAAAGUAACGAAUCGCCUCAAAUUUAUAAUCUUAAAUCUACAAAGGAGGAGAAGAACGUUAAACCAAAAAAACAUAAACAUAAACAAAAUAAAUUCUUAAAUACUGCAACAGCGCAGAAUUCUAAGACAAUAUCACUGAAAAGAAAAAUGCGAAACAAUAUACAGACAACACCAACAUCAAAAUCUACUAAAUUAAGGAAUAAUCAGAAUAAUAACUCUACAGAACACGUAAUGCAACCAAUCACUAAUGUUACUAUUAAUAAACCAAAUAUGUCUAUGGAGAGAAAAAGUAAAUAUACAAAAUCAACAGCUAAUAUAGCUGUAAUAAAAAGUCAAGAGGGAAACGAUUUUUCAGCCGAAGAUGAAAAUAUCGUUGAAAGUCAAUUAGUACCCAAUGAAAAAACUAUUGAAAAAGACCGUUAUACUAAACAGUCGAAAAGUCAAACAGAUCAACUAUUAUCAGAAAAGUCGGAGACAAAUGCGAAUGGCAAUAAUGUACAGAACAUAGAAGAAUCAAAUUCCUUAACACAAAUAAAACACAUUGGAACUGCUGUUUCACUUGAAAGCAAUUAUACAAAAGAAGCAGGAAGAAACGUGUUAAAAGAAUCGAAUAUCGAAAAAGCUAUUAUAAAGAUGAAGCCAAGGGGGCAAUCCUGGUCACCUGGAUUAAAACACGUGAUAUUGGAUUCCGGUGAUAAUACUCCAGCAAUUGGAGUACGAAUGAUGGUCGACAUCCCAUAUAAUGGAAAAUCUGUUCAAUUAGAAUGCUUGGCUGAUUAUGCAUUAAUAUGCUCUAAUUAUAAACCAAUUCCUGGAACAGAGGGUAAUGUGGUUUAUGGAAAUGGAUUACAUACGGCUAUGAACGAUAUAUGUAGUGGUAACAUAGAAAUGAAUCCAAACUCCUCCAAAGGAACACAAACUCCGAAACGUCACCAUUUGAUAUUUUGUGUGAUUAAAGGCACAGUAAUUUUCACUAUCCGUCAUGCAAAAAAAAAAAUUAGCACAGGAGCUCAUUUUUUUGUACCCUGUGGUAUAUCCUAUAACAUUGAAAAUAUUGGAACUGAAAAGGCUGUCCUAAGUUUCUUUAAAAUAACGAGAGGUUGUAUUGCUUUAGAUAGGUCUGCUUGAUAAUAUGAAAAGGUUUUAUAUAGGGUGAGUCACCUAACGUUUGCACCUCAAAUAUCUUUAUUGUUUCUAUAGAUACGUAAAAUAUGGUAAGGACAAAGUUGAAUGAUACAAUAGGGCUGACAUGAUACCAAACAAAAAUUUUGUUUUUAUGUAAUUUUUUAGAGAUAUCAAGGUCGCCUUGACUUUUUUUUAAAUGGAACCACCCUUUUUUAAAUACCUACAGUAAUAGUACCUUUCAUUAGGGAUUCAGCGAUUAUAAUCAUUCCACAUUCAUUCAAGGUCAAGGGCAGAAAAAACGUAUAAAUUUUUGCAAGAAGAUCUGCCAAUUCUGUUACAUGUCCCUUUAUAAAAUCAUUAUGAUAUGUGAUACCAUCAUGACGGUUGUCCCGCUCAUUAUGCACGAGUAGCAAGAGAAACUUUGGAUUCUCGAUUUCCAAACCGAUGGAUUGGACGAGGCGGAACUGUUUCAUGGCCAGCAUGUUCGCCUGAUUUAAAUCCACUGGAUUUCUUUUUAUGGGGUCUACUAAAAGAGACCGUGUACAUGGAUGCUCCACCAACAGUUGAAGAUAUGCGUCAGCGUAUCAUCACAGCAUGUACGAAUAUCACCUCGGAUGUACUUAUUAGAGUUCAACAUUCCUUCAGAGCUCGUUUACAACAAUGUAUCGACGUAGACGGCCAUCAUUUCGAACAUUAUAAAAUACAGGUAUUCUACUUCCAUA